AUGACGUCCAAGAUUAAAGUUGGGAAGACCGGCUCCAAAAACAAGGAGGAUGCCCCCUAUGAGCUUGAGAGCCAGUUUGUUUUGCGUCUGCCUACAGAGUAUGCCUCGACAGUGAGAAGAAUUGCCCAGUCGAGCAGCAUGAACAUGAAGGACAGGCUUACUAUUGAACUCCACCCUGAUGGACGGCAUGGCAUUGUGAGAGUCGACCGUGUCCCUUUGGCGUGUAAACUUGUAGACCUUCCCUGUAUGAUCGAAUCACUCAAAACUGUUGACAAGAAGACAUUCUACAAAACAGCUGAUGUUUGUCAGAUGCUGGUCUGCACAUUAGAUGGAGAUCUUUACCCACCCUUAGAGGAACCAACUGGUACUGACCCAAAAACCAAGAAAAAGGACAAAGAUAAAGACAAGAAGUUUGUUUGGAACCAUGGAAUCACCUGCCCACUGAAAAACACUCGCAAAAGGAGAUUUCGGAAAACCGCCAAGAAAAAGUACAUUGAAUCUCCUGAUGUGGAGAAGGAAGUGAAACGACUGCUGAGUACAGACGCCGAUGCUGUUAGUGUCCGAUGGGAAGUCAUUGCUGAAGAUGAAUCCAAAGAUGCAGAUCAGCACGGCUCUUUGGGAAACCUGGACUCUUCACCUGGCACCUCAGGGCACAAGAUGGGCCAUGGACAAAGUGCACAACGCGACGAACUGAGGGAAAUCUUCAACGACAUUAGCAGCUCCAGCGAUGAUGAGGAGGACGAGGGGGACCGGCACGAGGACGAAGACCUCAAUAUCAUCGACACUGAGGAUGAUCUGGUGCGGCAGCUACACGACAAACUCAACGAGUCGGACUCUGCGCAGAACGAGGCCGAUCAGACCAACCAGAUCGUAAUGGAAUAUCAGGUGCAGAUGAACAGUAUCAAGGCCAAGCUUCAAGAAACCCGCGCCCGAAAGAAACAGCAGGAGGAGCUCAUCAUGAAAGUGGAAAACCAGGCCCUCAAAAACCGUUUCCAGGCCUUGUUGGAUGAGAUUAUUCAGCAGGAAGAACGAGAAAUGGAACAACUGGCCUCACUGCAGGAGCAGCUGGACUCUCUUAUAGAGAAGUGA